AUGGCUGACCUUGAGAAAGACGCCAGUACCGCCACCGUGCCCGUGCCGGGACCUGAUGCCAAGUCCUCGCCGGACUAUAUCCAGUUCGAUUGUCUUCCUCCAGGUGGACCGCUGAACCGCUGGUCUGCGGUUCUGACGAGGGAACACGACUUUCCCGGAGCUCAGGCCAUGCUCUACGGAGCCGGAGUCCCCAAUGAACAGCUGAUGAAGAACGCGCCGCAAGUUGGCAUCGCGACCGUGUGGUGGGAGGGUAAUCCUUGCAAUAUGCACCUGCUCGAGCUUGGGAAAAUUGUCAAGGAUUCCGUCCAACGAGAGGGCAUGCUUGGCUGGCAGUUCAACACGGUUGGCGUUUCCGAUGCCAUCACCAUGGGCGGCGACGGCAUGCGAUUCUCCCUCCAGACCAGGGAGCUGAUUGCCGACUCGAUCGAGACGGUGACGUCGGCGCAACGGCACGACGCCAACAUCUCCAUCCCCGGGUGCGACAAGAACAUGCCCGGCGUGGUCAUGGCGGCGGCGCGGCACAACCGGCCCUUCAUCAUGAUCUACGGCGGCACCAUCCGCCGGGGCCACUCGGCGCUGCUGGAGCGCCCCGUCAACAUCAGCACCUGCUACGAGGCGGCGGGGGCCCACGCCUACGGCCGGCUGCACGCGGCCACGGACGCCGGGCGGCCGGGCCGCGGGCCGGGCGACGUGCUGGCCGACGUUGAGCGGCACGCGUGCCCCGGCGCCGGCGCCUGCGGCGGCAUGUACACGGCCAACACCAUGGCGACGGCCAUCGAGGCCAUGGGCCUGACGCUGCCCGGGUCGUCGUCGUACCCGGCGCUGUCGCCCGAGAAGCGGCGCGAGUGCGAGCGCGCCGGCCGGGUGAUGCGGACCACCAUGGCGCGCGACAUCCGCCCGCGCGACCUGCUGACGCGCGCGGCGUUCGAGAACGCCCUGGUGCUGACCAUGGUGCUGGGCGGCUCGACCAACGGCGUGCUGCACUUCCUGGCCAUGGCGCGCACGGCCGGCGUGCCGCUGACGCUCGACGACGUCCAGCGCGCCAGCGACCGCACCCCCGUGCUGGCCGACCUGGCCCCCGGCGGCCGCUACCUGAUGGAGGACCUGUACGAGGUGGGCGGCACCCCCGCCGUGCUCAAGAUGCUCAUCGCGCGCGGGCUCGUCGACGGCUCCGUCAUGACCGUCACGGGCGCCACGCUCGCCGACAACGUGGCCGCCUGGCCGAGCCUCGACCCGGGCCAGCGCGUCAUCCGCCCGCUCGCCGACCCCGUCAAGCCCACCGGCCACAUCCGCGUGCUGCGCGGCAACCUCGCCCCGGGGGGCGCCGUCGCCAAGGUCUCGGGCCGCGAGGGCCUGCGCUUCGCCGGCGCCGCGCGCGUCUUUGACAGCGAGCGCGAGCUCAACGCCGCGCUGGCGGCGGGCGCCGUGGGCCGCGGCGGCGGCGGCGGCGGCAACCUCGUCGUCGUGGUGCGCUACGAGGGCCCGCGCGGCGGGCCCGGCAUGCCCGAGCAGCUGCGGGCGAGCGCGGCCAUCAUGGGCGCCGGGCUGACCAACGUGGCCCUCGUCACGGACGGGCGGUACAGCGGCGCCUCGCACGGCUUCAUUGUCGGCCACGUCGUGCCCGAGGCGGCCGCGGGGGGGCCCAUCGCCCUCGUCGCCGACGGCGACGUCGUCACCAUUGACGCCGUGGCCAACUCGAUCGACGUGGCCGUCUCGGACGAGGAGCUGGCCCGCCGCAGGGCCGCCUGGACGCCGCCCGAGCCGAGGGUCAGGAGGGGCGUGCUGGCCAAGUACGCCCGCCUGGUGGGCGACGCGAGCCACGGAGCCGUCACGGACGACUGGUAG